AGAAAAAGAAAAAGAAGAAGAAAACAAAAGCUCAAAAGAAAGCUGAAAGAAAAGCAGCGAGACCUAAGACUCCUGAAGAAAGUGACGAACCUUCAAGUAAUGAUGACAGUGAUGCUGUAAGUGACGAUGACAUCGAGUAUGUUACCGUAGGAACCAGCAACAGAUUCAUCCCCACUAAAGAACCCGUUAAACCUCAAACCCAACCUGAGAAGCCUAAAUCUAAACCGAUUGACACCUCAAAUGAAGUAAAGCAGGGAAAAUCUAGUAUGGGCUUGGAUCAUUUUGGUACCAACUCUGGAAGUUCCUCAAGCCAUAGUACCCCAAUGAGUUCCCGUGCUACCUCCCAGCCCCCUGUGGGUCACCCUACCUACCAGGCACCCAGCAGCGCGACCAGACCACCCAUGGAAAUGCUCCCAGAGUCAUUUAGCCGUAAUUAUGAACAUGUCAUUGCGUGCAGUCAAUGUUUUGAGAAGAUCGGCAAUGGAUAUAAAGGUUACAGGUAUCAUCCUAAUCUAUCGCACACCUGUGGAGCUAAUUUUUUCCUGAUUCGUCGUCAAGGAAGAGCUGAUAUGAACUGGCUAAAGAUCAGACCUCGACCAAAGACUGGCUAUACAGGACCAUAUAAGAGAUGCAUCAGUUUUGCCACUGGGGAGAGCUGUAGAUCUUCUCCUGAGGAUGCCUGUCAAUUCCCCCACAGUCAACAAGAAGUGGAUCUUUGGACGCUGGACAGGGAAAAUGUAUUCAGUAUCGAAAAAUUUAUUAAAGACACUAAAGAUAACAUUGCUGAGCUAGGCCAAAAACUUUCUUCACAACCAGAGAGCAGACCUGGGCUUCCAUUGACACAAGUCAGACCAUCUAACCAACAGAAUCAGAUGAUGCGUCCCCAGAUGGGACCCCCUGGACCUUACAAUCAAAUUAGGUUCAACUCUGGGGUCUUUAACCAUAAUGGGUUCAAUGGCUCUACUGGACCCUAUCAGCGCCCACCUGCAUUUGGCAUACUCCCCAGCCCUGGUCCUCCUAGAUUCAAUAACCAAAUUAACCCUAAUAUGAUGAACAGUGGACAGCCAACACCUACAACUUUGAGCAAUACAAUUGGAAAUAGAAUAGAUAAUCCAAUGAAAAGUUCCCAUGAUUUUUCUUUGCGGUGUGAGCAGUGUUAUAGGAUGGGUGACACGAUAGGUCUUCAUCUCGUUCUUGAUGUCCAGCACACUUGUUUGCAGGAUGUCUUAUUGUUUAUACGUCGUGGAAGCACUUGGUGGUUGAAAGUCCGAGAGCGAAAACAAAACCGCCAUUUCUAUGGCCCAUAUGCCCUUUGUAACCAUUACAUACACGGUAAUUGCAGUUAUGAGGAUAAUUGUAUAUUUGCGCAUAAUGAUGUUGAGCAAAACUUAUGGACUUUGGAGAAAGAUGGAAAAUUUAGCGUAUCGGAGUUCAUUUUACAGAAUCGUGCUGUGGCUGGAUUUUCUCUGGGAGAUUUGUUUCAGAAACACUCCGGGGAGUUCAUGUUCAUCUGUAAGCAAUGCUUCUAUGGGAAACCCACGAUGAUUAGUAUGGAGAAUCUUGACAACCCCACAAUCUGUAUGCAGGGGCAUCCCUGGGCACAAAACAAGCUAUUAGCGCAUCGGGAACAAUCGGGAAAGAUUGAUAGUAUAGGUCCGCAGCCAUUUAAAAACUUUGGCAAGAAGGCAUACUUCCAGAUGUGUUACAAGAUGCAAUUCUGUCUGAGACGAGCCCAACAGGGGAUGUUGUGUAACUUCAGCCAUAGUGCCAUUGAGAAAGAUGUUUGGUUGCUUGAGCGUGACACUCCAGCCACACAAGAUGAUAUAGUGGCUGAAUCAAAGAAGCUGCACACCAACACCGCUGCCACCAAUGGGGCCAACACUCAGCCAGCUCAAGCCACCCCUACUAAAUCUCACCCUAGUUCAUGGGCUGGUAGAGCUAAUGCAGCUGGUCCCCCAACUACUGUGCAGUUUGGUGCCAAUGUGAAGCAAGCAGGAUAUAUGCCUCCAGCUAAGCCAAGGUGUCCUUAUAGGCUCCAAUAUGUUUGUCAACUAUGCUGGAAGAAUGGAAAGACAAGUGAGAAGAACCCUAAAGUAGAUGACAGGUGUACAGGUCCUGGCAAUGGUCACAUCUGGAGUCAGAACAAAGCUUGCCUGUUGUUACCUGAGAGGAAAGUCAUAAGAGAAUUACCCUAUAGGAUUCCCAAAGACUGUAACUUUGCAAUGUGUACUCAUAUUAUCAACAAGAGGGAGUGUUUCUAUGUCGUGGGGAAACAGUGCCAAUAUGCUCACUGUAGAGAGGAGAUGGAUGUCUGGACAUGGAUGGUGAAAAAUAAAGUGCGGACUACUGAGGAACUUGUUGAACUGUGUAAAGAGCAGGCUAAGGCCCCUAUAACUAAAGGACAGCCUGUUGUACAAGUGCAGAUGAGUAAUACACCAAAAGCACCUCAGACUGUACCAACGACUAACUAUCUUCUCCAAACAGAGAAACCUUCCCAGGCAGCGCACUAUUGCCAUUACUGCGGGGUACAGACCAACAGCGAGAGGCAAUGGGAGAGCCAUUGUGCCUCAGUUAAGCAUAUGUUCAAUGUUAACAGUGAUAAGGAGCACCAGUGGAACUAUAGGCAGCCACCAUGGGGUAUACCUAAUGGCAACUAUAGCAUGUGUGUCGAUCACCUGAAUGGCAAGCGCUGUCGCUACUCCUACAUGCAAGAGUUCAACAGUUGCCAAUACGCUCACACCCAAGAGGAGAUGGAUGAGUGGAAGGAGAGGUACGAAUGGAGGCAGAUGAAGCGAGAACAAGCAAAGCAGGAAGGUCUGUUCUCCUACAUGGAGGGACUACUGGAAGACUACAUGAAUGCAGCAUCAGGAGCACAUGUUAUCAGUGAGCAAAGUGAAGUGGCUACUGUUGAAUGUGACCAGGACUUGAAUGUAUAUGAGAAUAACAAGAAAUCAUCACAUGUGUGGACCUUCCAAGUCAAUUUGAAGAAUGGUAACCAGCUCUGCCGUGUUGCAUUACUUCAUGACAAGCACCGACUCCACUUCUCUUUAUGCGGGGAAGACUUUGAAACCAACUGCCAAAUCUCACCAGGGGACAGUUUUCUUGAGGACAAUGAUGCCUACAACAAUCCUAUAUACCUGGUACAUGUCAAGUUUGAGGCAGGCAUGUUUGGAUCAUUUGACCAGUGGGUGGUGUUUGAUGUUGGUACUCCCCCUGUUAUAGUCAGGAAGUUGACUGUGGAGGUUGGCACCAAGGAUGUACAGACCAAAGUGAAGCAUCUGCGCCAGAAAUUGAAUUUUGACAGAUGGACUAAAGAAAACAGUGAAAUUGUACAGUUCACUCAGGCCAACAUUGACCCAUUCAUUGAGGAAACGAUGAAGAAAUAUGAGCCAUCAUCCGCUAACCUGAUAGUUACCCAACAAGCCCUGGGUGUUGAGCUUAACAGACAUAACUAUGUACAUAAGAUGCACAAGAUGCUGCAACUUGAGGAGAUAACAAGGCAUCAGAUAAUAUCUAGUUUCAAUCUGCAAACAGAGAUCCAAAUCAUGGGUAAAAUACAAGAGGAGGCUUUUAUAAUUGCUCGCCAUGGGGAGUUCUUUGCUAAAGUUCCCCUCAAUGAUGAGCUGAGUGAAGAUACGGAUGCAGGGAAGCUGAUUCUUAACAGUGUACAUCAAGUCCUCUUGAAACAUGAACACAGUACAUCUACAAAGGUUUAUGAAGCCAUAUUUGUAUCUAAGGAGAACUUUGAUUACGAUGGGCGGGGCAAAGACUAUAUAUACCUGUGUUUAUCCCCUACAUGUUGUGCAGAGCUCAAUCUGAGGGAUGGAGCACGGCUUAAGGUGGAAAUACAGUUUCAGAUGGACAAGAAAUACUUUGCAGAGCUCCAUUAUGCCGUUGAUCAGUUGCCUAAUACUGAUGUUGUAUUCCCUGAUCUGAAUAAAGUUAGCCAAGGAUUUGAUUCACCCCCAAUGGUCAAUGUACAGAGUAGUAUUCUGAAUGAAGACCAAAUUAAGAUUGUUGAGCACAUAGUAAGAGAGAACAAAACAUACACCCCUCCAUUAAUCAUAUAUGGUCCAUUUGGCACUGGGAAGACAGAGACCAUUGCCCAAGCCACUAUGACACUAAUCCGGGCCAUGCCUAAUGCCAGGGUGCUUAUAUGUACACAGUCUAAUAGCGCUGCUGAUCUGUAUAUCACCAAGCAUUUGGGCCAAUUUGCAAAGACUGGUACAAUGAGGUUGCGACGUGUCUACUUCACUGAAAGAAGAGUAAACACUGUGAAUGCUGAAGUUGUCGAUUUCUGUAAUCGCUCCCCAGAUGGCGCUAGCUUUGUUGUCCCCACUAAGGAAGACAUAAUGAAUCAGCAAGUUGUCAUAGUAACGCUAAGUUCGUCAAUCAUGUUCUCGAGGUUGGGUUUGAAAGAUUGUUUCACACAUAUCUUCAUAGACGAAGCAGCACAGGCCCUGGAAUGUGAGGCUAUUACGCCUCUUGCCCUGGCAAACAGCAAGACAUGUGUUGCACUAGCAGGAGAUCCUAUGCAGUUAGGGCCUAAGGUGUACAGUCCUGAAGCCUGCAAGCAAAAAUUCCACCAUUCACUCCUUGAACGAAUUUUCAAGUUUUAUGAAACUUAUGCGUCAGGUUUGUUCAAAAACAGACAAGUGAAUAUUCUAUUAAAGAACAAUUAUAGGUCGAAGAUGGAAAUAUUGCGGUUCAUUUCUGUGGCUUUCUACGGAGGCCCUCAAAAACUGAUUCCUAAGUCCCAGCAGUUACCUAGUUCAAAGCCACCACUUGUUUUCUAUGCUGCCGAAGGUAAGGAAAUCCAAGACAAGAACAGUGUCGCAUACUACAAUAACGCAGAGAUUGAGGAGGUUACCGACAGAGUGGAAGAAAUCUAUAAUGAAUGGCCAGAAGCUUGGGGUGAAAGACAACCAAGCCUGAUCGGAAUCGUAACACCGUAUACUGAACAAGUGUUGAAAAUCAGGGCCUCACUCAGGGCACGUAGUAAUGCCCUAGGUCGGGUAGUGGUCCAGAGGAUGAAUAACAUCCAAGGGCAGGAGUAUCGUGUGUUAGUGAUUAGUACAGUUAGAACCAGAUACCUAGCUAUGCAGCCUCCUAAACGUCCCAUACAAGCUGGGGGAUAUGAUGGAGAUAAUGGCGAUUAUGGAUUUCUGUCUGACCAGAAACUCCUGAACACUGCUUUAACCAGGGCUCAGUCCAUGGUGGCUGUAGUGGGUGACCCAGUGGCCUUAUGUUCAAUAGGCGAGUGUAUGACAUUGUGGCGAACAUACAUCAAGCAUUGCAGUAACCUACACAGUAUCCAACCUGAAAAUAUAACUUUUGAUACCAUCAAGGCAGAGGUUAUCAGACUAAUGCAGUCUGAGUAUGGAGAAAAUCUCCUGAAGCUUACCCAAAUGAUGAAGAAUCCAGAAAAUGAGGUCACUAAUGAUGAUAUUCCUGUUGAAAAUGGGGAUGAUGAUAUUAAUGAUGAUGAACCUGAUGAUGUUGUUGACUCCAGUAAACAAGCUACUGAUGAAGUGGUUGCAGCCGUAGCUGAGUUGUCCAUUCAGGCAGGUGCAGACUCUGACAGCAACACAGUUAUGACAGAGAUUGUCGCUGAUGAACUCCAACGAGAGAAAGCCAGGAAGAAAAAGAAAGGACCAGAUUCUCCAGUGCCUCCUGUCGGGAAUGUCGAUAUGGGUCAAAAUAACUUCCGUUCUCCUGUGAUUGUCUAUGGUAAACCAGCACCCUAUCCUUGUACCACGUGCCACAGUAUGUUUGCUGAUAGAAUAGAAGUUGACCAACAGUAUUUCAAAGAUGGUCUAGAGCCCAAAGAAAACAGCUUGAUUGCAUGUGAAUUGGACAUCAUUUCUCAUAAUGGUGACUAUAUCUCCUAUAUGUUUGUCCCACUUAAUGAAUCAGUUACUAAAAUAUACAAUUUGGAAACUGAAAAGCAUGCCAAGAAAGCUAAGUCUGGUUUUGUAACAGUCUACUCUCUGAAUACUAACGGUAAUGUAGUCUUUGACCACUAUGAACCUAUUAACAAGACAAAGAAUGAUAAGAUAUUUGUUGUACGCUAUCUUGGUCUAAAUGCAACAGUAAAUGCUCCUAUUGGGAUAGUGGUUGGGGUCCUACCUAUUGGUGACUCUCUUGACUGUACAAAAGAGAUUCUGAAGAUUGGUUCAUCCGUGCCGCAACACAUGCCUCUUGAAGUGACACAGUACAUUAAGCACAAGUUCCCAUCUAAUUACACAUUGACUGAAGCUGAUUUGAAAGAUCGUGUCGACUUCCGUAACAAGAUAACUUUCUCAAUUGGAUCCCCUAAGGCGCCAAUCAAUAAUGCGUUGAGUGUUGAACUUCUGCAAGAUGGAACAUAUUUCAUAGGAGUUCAUAUUGUUGAUGUUUCUAACUUUAUAAAGAAGGGUGACCCGAUUGAUAAUGAAGCUCUACAACGUGCAACAACCUAUGAGACAUCUGGCACAGGAGGUGCUUUGAUCCCAGAACAAAUGAGUUACGAUCUACUGAAUCUACAGCCUGGCCAUGAUUGCCUGACCGUUUCUAUUUUCAUGACUGUAGAUCCCCAAGCUAUUGUUAAAAAAGUCCAGAUCCGAAGAUGUUUCGUGAAGUCCAGCAUUCAUCUUAGUCACCAGGAUGUUGAGGAGAGCCUUACAGAUGAUCGUAAAAUGAUUGACCACCGUGAGGUAAAGCAAUGUCUACACAUGUUGCGGAACAUCACUGCAUUGUGGAGGAAGAUUCGUCUUGGUACGAUGAGCCUAUGUAACAUUUUUGAUACAUUGGAUGACAAUACAACACCAAAUUCUAAAAUCCUCACAGAAGAAAUUGAAAUUGUUACUAACAUGAAAGUUGCUGAUAUGCUAUGGAAGAGAGAACCAAAUAAGACUCCAUUGUUACAACAAGGCUCUCCAAAUGAGGCUGACUUGAAUAUGUGGCGUCAGAAGUACAUAGGGGAGGCCACUACAGCACCUUGCCUUGUGAAAGGUUACAUCCUAGCCCCAAAUGUGUGCCAGUGUCUAGAUAUAUGCCAGUGUGUCGCAAGAUGUGUCCAACCCACUGAUGUAAUUCAUCCACAGAUUGAUGUAGAGGUGAAAUUAUGGGAAGGGGUGACCCAAGCUGUAAUCGGUAAUAAUAUGUCUAAAUUGCAAGAGUUGUUCUUGUCUCCAUAUAACCAUUCUGAAGUUGUCCCUGCACUGGAAGACUUGAGGGAUCUUCUCCAGGAGCCACAGUACUGUUGUAUCCAGGGACCAUCUCCAAUGCACUAUUCACUUAAUAUUCCUGUGUACACGACAUUAACUAAACCCCUUGUGAGCUACAUGGAUAUUGCAAUACAGAGGAUGUUAGUAGCUGCUUUGGAACAACAGGAGAAUCCCUAUACAGAAGAUGAGAUUACGAUCAUAUGUGGAAUGGUGAACAUCGCCAAGAAACAAGCAGAACAAUUCAGUAAGGAUAUCAGAUCAGCCACAUGGACAGACUCACUUAAUAAAUCACCGGCAUGUGUUAACUCAGUCAUUGAAACUAUAAAUCAGGAUGAAUUGAAAUUUUACGCUCCUAAUGAAACUAAUCUAAGAUCUAUCACGGUUCCAUUUAAACAUCUUGAUUGUGCAGACGCUAGCUUAGAAGGUCAACACUGGGAAUUGAGGGUAUAUGAUACUAGCCCAGGACUUCAAACACGUCGUGAUUUUGAGCCUAUUCGUCUUAACCCUGAUAAACUGGUAGCGAAGAUCCCUAGAGCUUCGUGGCAAAACAUGGUGACUGGGGUUGUGGCCAAUGAUCAGCCUAAGGUAAUGCAAGGCCUCAUUACUACUCUAUCCCAAGUGAUUCUCCCUGCAAAUGUCACUGAAUAUGCCCAGGAGGUUACCUCAGAAGUGGCCUCCAAUGUAAUAAAAUCCCAGGAGAACUGCGAUGUCCAUUUAACGCUGAAACCAUCAGGUUUACUUAAGGUGCAGUAUAUCCCAGGAGUUAAAGAUGGCGUCCUAAGCCCCAGUGUUCAGCUAGUUAAUCUUACUCCCAAACUUGACCUUUGCGUAGAACAUCACGAGAAAUCAGAAGAUGUGUUCAUGAUGGGGGCUGUGUCUCUUAAAAGUGCAUCAAAAAGGAGCUACACUGAUGUAAGAAACUACCAAGCUGCAUGGCUACCUGUAGUAAAGCAAGAGGCAGCUGCAGCUUCUAUGAAACUCAAUAAGUCUAUUUAUAUCCAUAAUGUCAUCAUACGCUGGCAGGAGAAGAGAACGGAAGAAGGGAGCAUUUACACAGGCACUUUCAGCUUACCACUAGAUUUCUUAAAAGAUCGCCAGAUUCCCUUAACCGGUGUAAAAGGUAUAAACCCGAACCAGGGCGAUGAUGAUUAUAUAUACAAUGGAAGUGGAAUAGUUUGCGAUUAUCUAUGUGUGAGAUACGCCAUUGGAGGUAUGCCAGCAGGAGGUGCUAUGCUCCCAGGGUUUAAUCCCCACCCACAGGUAUCCGCUCCCGAACCAUACACCUGGGUAGGCCACUGCAUUGCUCUGUCUUCAAAUAGCUCUAACAAUUUGGUAUCUGUGAAUGUCACUCUGACCCAGUCAGCGGUUGCUAUGCCUACAGAGGUUCUAGAGAGCAGGAACACCCCCUGUACUGUAGAAUGGAGACAGAAGACAAAAGCGCACAGGUCACAGGAAACUGCAUUGACAAUGUUGAAUACCAUGUCUACUAAUGACCUUGCCCAGGGUAUUGCUGUAGGGAAACCACCUACUUUUGAAGGAGAGCGUAAGAUGUGUACAGAUAAAGACUUAAAUGAUAUACCUAAAGGAGAUCUACCAAAGUUGAACACUGCUCAGGCAGACAAACUUAAACUUGCUGCUAACCAGCCAUUCACUGUCAUCAGAGGAGCUGCAGGCACUGGUAAAUCUAUGAUGGCCACUCAACUUGCUUUGCUGUAUGUUAUGUUGAACAAACAGUCUCAGAGUGGAGACAAGAUGGUCAUGAUGUGUUCAUCUAGUGAGCAAGGCUUGAAUGUACUUGAAGAUUUCCUUCAGCAGACUGGCGUAAGGUAUGUUCGUAUGUACUCCGAAGAACAGGAGAGGUUUGACUACCCCCUACCUAACCAAGCAGGUCUCAAUAAAGUUAAACCACCACCUAUAGCUGAUAAAUACAAGAUGUCUGCUUUGCACCACAGAAUUCACAGUCCAGCUAGUGUCUGUUAUCAGCAGAUUAUGGAUUAUGAGCGUAUUUUGAUGAGCUCUCCAGAUCAGGUGACGCAGGACUAUUUACAGAACUACUUUACUGCACUACGUAUCGCUAAAUCUGCUGAAAUCUCAAAGGUUUCCAUUGUGUUGUGUUUGUGUAGUGAGGCGGCGAAUUCACUGCUAAAAACGGUUGAUUUUGAACAGUUGAUCAUAGAUGACUGUUGUAUGUGCACAGAGCCAGAGUCUAUGGUGCCCAUUGUCACGUGUGCCCCUAACCAAGUUGUACUAUUUGGAGACAUUUGGCUAAGGCCAAAGCACAUAAACAGCGUCCAGGCAGCAGAGUUAGGGCUAAAGGAAAGUUUGUUUCAAAGAUACAUACUUGAAGCAGAAAUGCUGGAAGUGCAGUACAGAAUGCAUACGGCAGUUGCGUAUUUCCCUAUGACUUUCUGUUAUGGUCCUGUAGCAUGUGGCAGCCAGACUCAAAAUAAUCCUGAUGAAAGACAGAUCUGGCCAGGGGGCCCCAGUCGACCUGUAGUAUUCUGCCACAUUGCUGGUACAGAGAUUAAAGAGGGCGCUCAAGUAGUGGGCAAUGUUGAGGAGGCCCAGUAUGCUGUGUAUAUCUCUGCUAUGUUGGUCCUUCAUGAAUUGGUGCCUGCUAGUUCUGUUGCUAUCCUUAUUUCACAUGCUAACCAACGUGAUCAGAUCAGAGGAAAGUUGAACCAGUUGAAUCAACCUGCAGUGGAUGAUAUAACAAUCACAACCUUGGACCAAGCUCAAGGUCGUCAAUGGGAUUAUGUCAUUGUGUCAACUGGAAGAUCAUUGCCCCAGCAAGAGAUAAUGCUGGCACCCACCAGCAGAUGGCGCAAGAAGUACCUUACCCCCUGGGAAGACUCCAAUGGUGUUAACCUUGUUAUGGCAAUCACACGUGCCAAAAAAGGCCUCAUUAUACUAGGCAACAAGUACAUUCUGGAGGCUGAUGAUAUUUGGAGGGCUUUGCUAGAGCAGUACAACAAACAGGGGAUCAUUGUAGAGGCUUCUAACUUCAUGGUGGCUUCAUAAAUGUCUAAUUUGUACAACCACCUACGAAUUUAAGCAUUAGGAAACACUAGCUUAUAUGAAGACUUUGAUUCAUGGUGGUGUCAUAAAUGUCUAUAUUGUACAACCACCUACGAAUAGAGACAUUAGGAAAAAUCAACACUAGCUUAUAUAAAGAUUUUGAUUCUGAAGAACAUGUACAUUGUUCCUUAAUAAUACCCUGCAUUACCAGUACAGACUGAAUUCAGUAACUCCCACUUAUCUGAACAUCCCUCUAAUUUGGACACCGGUCAAUGUGGACACUUUUUAGUUCCCAUUAUUAUGUCACCACCAAGGUUAUUAUGUCACCACCAAGGUUACAUAUUGUUAUGGUCUCCAACAUUUUUGUGACGGUGGUUAGUGUUUGGAGUUGGGCAGCUGUAACAAAUGGCAGGU